GAUUGACUUCGAUUGUUUAUUUCUGACAGCAUGCGACAUUUACGGUGCAAAGGAUUCCACAAAAUUCAGAACUGAUGACAGCUCAUUUUCUAUCGGAGAGGGAGAAAAACUGUCCAGUGUCAUUGUGUGUGUUGUUUAUAUUGCAAUGCAAAUAUUACUACCUAAUAUCUUAAAACUAAAUGAAGAUGCUCACUAACUAGCAUAAGCGCCGCUUGUUUGUAUGCUGAUGAUUCCAAAAAAUCAUGAAUCAUUUAAAAAUAAUGCAUCGGAAUAAAGAUGCAUUAUUUUUAUAAUAAAACAACACCAAACCCAAAAAGUCUUCAAAAAUGAAUUAUCGGAAGUAAAAAAUCUGAACAAGAAAAUUUUCACUGUGAACAAGUUUACGCUUUUUUUAGAAAUUGCUCUUGAAUAAAGAUUGAUCCGCCAUUUUAGACCCACAGACCCAAAAAAAGUGGUUUCAACGAUUUGUAUAGGAGCUGUCAAGUUGUUCCCCCUCUGGUUUAUUUUAAAAGUCAGAUGUUUACCUCAAUUAUAGGUAAACAUAUGUUACGUCGUUCGAUUCUCACCGCCUGCUGCUCUAAAAUUGCAGCAUUUUUCAAACCUUUCUUUCUUAUUCGUACAAAAGUGUUGUUACAAGCAGUUAGCAUAGACAGUGAGUCACAAAUUAUCCACGACAACAUCAAGUUAAUCUCGUGAAAGCUAAAACGCUUAGCUAAAUACCGAUGUCAAGUGGUAAUCGCUGUUUUUCAUUGACUGUUAAUAUCCCUCUGGUCUGGAAAUGGAACCAGUUCGGUCUGACGAACGACACAAAACGAAUGUAACACCAGUAGAUAACAAUCCAAAUGUAAACAAGGCUGAAUCAACGAUUGAGACAAAUCGUUCGUGCGAAAAUAUGGAAACAAAGCAGAAUUUAACGUGUUUUGAAAAUCUUCCAAUGGUACUCAACCAGCCAGAUCCGGUUCAUGCUUCCAUUGGAUGUGAUGCCUCCAUCGACGAAGCUGCCUGCGUUUUACGAUCGCCCGUAACUACUCUUAAUCAAGUGCGAAAAUUUUGGGCCCCAUCAGGCAACGAAUACAUCAAGAAAAAACGACCAACUGCAGGUAAAAUCACUGAGCUUGACUUUUCCGCUCGGUUUACUAUUGAAACUAUGGACAUAAAACUGCACAGCGAAGGUCGUCUGAUGCUAGUAAACGACGAUUUACUGAUGAGAGUGAAAAUCCAGCAACCGGAAUUAGUUGACGAAACAACCGAUUUUAAGCAGGCGAAAAAAGUUCUGUUCGAGCAGAUUCGGAUUGAGGCAGUUUAUUUCGAUACUUUUAGAAAAGAACAAGCUCGUCUCCGGGGAGAGCUCUUGAAGACCCUUAAAGAAAUCAAAAUAAACUCGGAAACCAGCAGCGAGUUCGCAGAAGAUUGUUUGGAACUGUGGGGAAUCGUAGGUGCCUGUAAGACGAUCAGUUAUAAGCGUGUGUGUGAAGAAGUUGUCAAAAUUCGAUUGAGUACUGUGCAGCUUACCAACAUCGCAACCAAUCUGUAUGACCUCGAGUGCACUUUGUCCAGAAGAGCAGAGCUGAUUCCUUGCAUGGGAAAACUGUUGGAUUCGAAUUCAUCGGAGUUGAUGAAAGCUUUGAAGGCUAUUCAAUCGAAGGCAGUUGAGAUUCACAGAAAACAGUUACUGGAACGAGCUCCAGCAUGUUUAUGGCAAGGUUUAGAGGGCAUGUGUCCAACACGAAUCAUGUUCAUCGGUGUAUGCGACGUGGAACUCUUUGCCAACUUGGUUGACAGUCUAGAUGUGGAUGUUUUCCAGCAACCGUUGGAGCACUUGGCCGACAGGUUCGUUGAUGAAGUAAAUGCGAUGAAAAUCGGUAAAUUUAAUCGGGGAAAUGCAUUAACAUAUCCUGUUUUCAUUCUUCUUUGCAAACAUCUGGAAGAACUAAUGAAUGAAAUUAGUAAAAGGACAAAACUGAACACAUCGGAACUUAUAAAAAGCGAUGCCGCCGGUGGCUGGCAACCGGCUACCGACAUAACGUGGAACAAUGAAGAUUACUCUACAAAAUGCUUGGAACGCGAAUACCGUUUCAUUUUUAAACUCUUGGAUCACUUCAAGCCUUCGCCGAACAUCGGAAGUAAGCCUUUUGAAUACAAUUUCAGGCUCAUGAUGAAUUGUGAGAACGAAAUGGUGGUUAAUCCUUAUCAAACCGUGCCAGAAUCGUUCAUUUGGUACUGCCUGUUAGAUGAUGCCCUUUCAUCGAUUACAACCCGAAAAAAACUUACGGAGUAUGAAAAUAUUCUUCAGAAAUAUGCUUCCCUGAUUCGAGCAGCGAAUCAAGACCAGCUGGAAAUCGUUCGUACUGUGACGCACAGUUUGGUGCACUAUAUCGCUUGUACCAUCGGGAUUUUCGAGCAGAAUGAUAAAGCUAAUUUGAAGGUCGAUAAACAGAUACUGCGGAAACAGCUUCACCAUCUCAUUCCAGAGAUCACAUUAAGCCCUCCAAUUACGAACCGAUUUCGAGAGCUGGUCAAGGAUUUCAUCGACUUUUGGAAUCGCAAAAGGGAUGUAAUUGAAAAGAUCCCUUCGAAAAUAAAUCUACCGGACCUGAAGCAAAUCGCGAACGCAUUGAUGGACGUAGUUCUGGUAGCUUUAGAAAAAAAUGUGCCUGCUGAACAACUGCUGAAGUUCAUCCGCGUAUAUAACGAUUUUCUUGUCGAGCUCAAUGAAGUUUCAUUUGACUGGUUCAUAAAGGCUAUUCCCGGUGUCGACAUGCAAAAUGGCAUUCCUAAGAUGCUGCUUGAAGCGAUUGAUCAAUCCACUUUCUGCGUGACGGAUCCUGUAAAGUUUGUUCCGAUUCUGCAAAUUAUGCAUAACAAUGUUCAAAUUCCAAAGCAUUAUGUGGUUCUCAUCGUGAAGGCACAGUUGUCCUUGAUCCUUCAGCAGUUAAACAUGAAACAAUGGUCAUCCGGACUUGCACUAUCAGAAGCGGAUCAAAUCACGACUACGGCCAUAUUGAUUUCAUCGCUGAGAAACCGGUUACCGGAUCUGAACCAUCAACUAGAUUAUGAUUCAUUCGAACAAUUUUUAGCCACACAAAUGGAACCUAUCGUUGAUUUUGAAAGUUGUGCUGAAUCCAGAAAAGAUAGUUUCAAUAGGAAUUGGAUUACGUCUGAAAAAGAUAUAGACAAGACGAUGGAUGAAUGUGAUGAGAUGAUUAACAUAUACAACAAGCAAACGCUGCGAGAAGCCUUUCGGCAGUACUCAGACCACUAUCAGCAAUAUAUUUCAUUGGAGAAAAAAAUCCGAAUUGCUCGAAUAGUAGAAGCACUGAAGGCAACCUCCAAAACACUUCAUUUUAAAUCUUGGAAUGAGCAGUUCAAGCAGGUUCAGCUUCCAAAAAUCCUCGCAGGAAUCGCAGCUCUCUGGUUCACCUUGGCCUACGAGAAUGCGUCCAAUGGCAAGCGAAACCCGAAGUUGCACACUAUUCAGGUCUUGUGUAUUCUAAGGCUGUUGAGCGUGGAUAAUCCGGAUCCAGGGGUGACCAAACAUUUUGCGGAAAUUCAACCAGGCCAGGGAAAAACGCUGGCUAUUCGAUUGAUAGCUGUUCUGCUAGCUUUGACGGGUCAUUCAGUGUGCAUUUGGUGCUGCAGCGAGUAUCUAGCGAGAAGAGAUCGAACUGAUUUCAAACGAGUUUUUGCGCGUCUGGAUGUUCAAGAAAGCAUUAGUUUUACCACGAUGGAUAACUUUAACUGUGAUAAUAGGUUGAAUCGUUUGCUCAUAAAUGGUCAACGUGUACUUCUCACCGGUUUCGAAUCCAGUUCAAGUCAAUACACGGCAUCUGCUAGGCGGCUGAUGACAGGAAACUUGGAUAACUCCGUGCUGUUGAUCGAUGAUACGAUUUUGCUCCAUAAAUGGCGUUAUUGGAAUCCUGCAAUCCAUGUAAUACUGCCAGGACUGGAUAAAAUUCAAUCCAGAAUAUGGCAUUUGUCUUCUGACCAAACUGCUGUUGACGUUAUAAAAAAUAGUAUCAAUGAAUACAUUGACUCAUCCGAAUUUGAAGACAAAGAUAGGUGGAAGCUUUCUUUGGAAAGUUCGAAUGAGGAUAAUCUACUUUCGCAACUAAGCAUCGCUAAAUCCUGCACAAAUAAGGAUCUGUUUCAGGAGCAUUUGGAGUCCAUGAUUGAAACUGCUCGCUAUAUUCGGAAGCCAACAGGUAUUAUAAAUUCGAACUAUCUCGCAUUAUUCAACUAUCUUAAACACGAGAUGUCGAACGCUGCAAGUAUCACAGAAGAUGAAAUCAACUAUGGAUAUUUGAAAAUAUCUUAUGAUACAGGAAAACCCUUUACAAGAUUGCUCAUCGACUUCCCACUGGUACUGGGUGUGUUUGAAGCCUUCUUUUAUUAUCCCCUUGAAAUUUGUGAUGUAAGUAAUUGGACGAAAAUGUCGUCAGUGUUCGGUUGCUCCCGGCUUCAAUUCGACGAGGAUGUAAAUUUUUGUUCCCUACCGGAGAAAAUUGAUUGGAUGAACUGCAUUUCAAACCGAGCACGUGCAGUCCUCGAAACCCAUCGUCCGGUGAUUGUAGUCUUCGAAGAUGCAUAUAGUUUGAACCAGUUCCAAAUUGAACACAGCAAGCAAUUCAAUAAGCUCAACAUUCUGACUGCAGAUACUGCCGAUGUCGAGAAGCAGCUAAUUAUUAAAAAAGCAGCCCUGGCAGGAAUGGCCACCCUGGUGACAUCUGAAAUGGGAAUAGGCAGUGACUUUAAAUCCAGGGCGGCCGUGGAAAACGCUGGAGGGUUGCACGUGAUUCAAACAUUCUUUUCUUAUCAUCCAACACAGGAAAAUAAGAUCAAGGGACUGACUGCCAGACAUGGUAAUAAGGGCAGUUAUGAGUUAAUUAUUCAUCGGUCAGGGCUACUUGCUAAUUCAUACGAGUAUGAGAGUGAAAGCAGAAAAUGUAGGAUUGAGAAAGAUUUGCUUGAUAUUUUGGACGAUAUUAGAAUGAGAAAAUAUGUAUGGGAUGACAAAUUUGUAAAGGUCUUGCAAUCAUUUUCAAAUAUGUUUUCCUUUUAGUUAACUAGAAAUACAAACAAACACUGAAUAAAA